AUGGAGACCGAAGCGAUUGCAUCCACAUCGACGGCGGCCGCCCCCACGUCUUUGCCAUCGUCGGUCCUCCUCACUCCUCCGGUCAUGAAAAGCUGGAAGCUGUCCAAGGUCUUCAAGAGCCACAACGAGCAAGGGAAGAGCUAUACCAGCCUCAGUUUCGACGACCGGGGGGAGAUGCUCAUCACGAGCGGCGAAGACGAGACGAUGCAGCUGUUCGACGUGCGGACGGGCAAACACAAGAAGCAGCUGUACUCGAAGAAGUACGGCGUUCACCUCGCACGCUUUACGCACAAGAGCAGCACGGUGAUUUACGCGAGUACGAAAGGCAACGACGACAUUCGGUACCUCAGCUUGCAUGAUAACAACUACCUGCGGUAUUUCAAGGGCCACAAGAAGCCCGUCACCGCCUUGCAAAUGUCGCCUGUCGACGAUACCUUCCUCUCCGGCGCGACGGACGACACCGUGCGGCUGUGGGACCUGCGAGCACCUAGCGCCCAGGGCCUGCUGAACGUCGCCGGCCACCCUUGCGUCGCCUACGACCCCUCUGGCACCGUCUUCGCCGUUGUCCUCAACCUCCGUUCCACCGUUAUGCUCUACGACCUCUCGCAGUUCGACAAGCAGCCGUUCUUGUGCGUGCACAUCGACGACCCCGUACUGCGCAAACGGACGUACCCGCCUCGAACGCCGAUCUACACGAGCGUUAGCUUCAGCAACGACGGCAAGUGGCUGCUGGUCGGCACCUCGGGCGACGUGCAUUACGUGCUGGACUCGUUCGAGGGAACUGUCGUCGCUCGUCUCGAAUGUCCGCCUGAGCAGAUUGCGACUGGGCUCGAGCGCGCCAUCACCGCUCCUUACGACCGUCCGAUGGAACCCGCUGCAGGCAUCUCGAGCGAAGAGGUCCGAUGGACGCCAGACGGCCGCUACGUCGUUUCAGGCUCCGUCGACGGCCGCCUCCACGUCUGGGACGUAGCUCCUCCCGAAGCCGAACUCGCCAAGCUGUACCCGUCUCGACCAGCACCAGGUCCCGAGUGCACGCUUCAUCCGAUGACGAGCUUCGAGGGCCAUCUUGGCGGACCGAGCAGGGCGUUGGCGUUCAACCCGAGGCAGGCGAUGAUGGCGAGCGCUGGGUUCGAGCUGGCUUUCUGGCUUCCGUCGCUUCAGGAGGCAGGGCUGGUAAAGAAGAGCGAGGAUGCGGCGGCCAUGCAGACGUAG